AUGGACUUUGGCGCCGUCACAGUCGCCUCCCGCCCGCGCUUCACUGCUCUUGCCCCGAGCCCGAUCCGCUGCAACUACCCCUUCGAAAGCCUCGGAGCCGACUUGGCCGGUCCCUUCCGCGUCUUCGGCUCGGCGUCCCAGCGCGAGCCGCUGUCGGUGCACAUCGCCCUCUUCACGUGCCUGGUGACCCGAGCUGUUCAUCUGGAGAUCGUGCAUUCCACAAGCGCCAUCGACUUUAUCCGAGCCAUUCGCCGCUUCGCCGCCCGCCACGGCUUUCCCCGACGGAUUCUGACGGACAAUGCAUCCGGGUUCCGCGUCGCGCGGCUCGCCGUGCACACGCUGCUCGCCCCUUUGGACGAGCCAGUCCUGCUCGCGCCCUCUCCGUUGAUCGAAGAACCCGGAGAGCUACAUGUUUUCCUCGAGAAGAUCGACGUCCAAUGGCGCCAUAUCCCUCAGCUCUCCCCAUGGCAAGGGGGCGCCUACGAGCGCAUGGUUGGGCUCGUCAAGAACAGCCUCCGUCGGGUUGUCGGCAAAAAGAUGCUCCUCCUCGACGAAUUCGCUACGCUGGUAGCCGAGGCCGAAGCCGUCGUCAACCUCCGCCCGUUGACCUAUCUCAGCGACGACGCCCGCGUCAUUCGUCCAGCCGAUUUCCUGCGCUCGGUCUCCCGCCCCGGCCUCCCGCUCCUCGACGACGAGGAAUCAUUCGACCCGGAGGCGACGUCCACGGCCCUCCAUCUCUCUACGCAAUGGCGCCACGAACAACAGCGACUGCUCCGCCUUUGGGACGACUUCCGACGCGACUACUUGAGCCAACUCCGCGAUAGGCCUCCCGCGCGCUUGGCGCAGAGCCGACACUCGAGUCCCCGCUUUCCCCAACUGGGAGAGGUUGUCCUCGUCCACGACGACAACUUCAACCGAUACCAUUGGCGCUGGGCCGUCAUUACGGGGCUGCACGAAGGCUCCGACCACUGCAUCCGGUCGGCCGAUAUCCGCUUCGGCAACGGUCGUGUCAGUCGUCGCUCGACCGCGCUCUUGUAUCCGCUCGAGGAACGAGGCUAUGCAUUGGCCCCUCCAGCUCCCGCACCGGCAUCCCCGGGCCCGUCGCCGCCACCGGUCACGGACUCCCUUCGGCCUUCGGACAACGGCCCCCGCGAGCCCGCGGCCUAUAAACUGCGGCCUCGCCGCCGCGUGAAGUACGCCUUCUUCGCGCUUCUGCUCCUGAGCCUCUUCCUCCCCGCGACGACCGCGCUUCUCGACGCGACGUCUGCGACCGUGGCUCGCUCCAGAUCAAGCGCUCUCGAAGAUGAGAUCGUCGUCAUUCGUCCCAUCGACUUCUUCCUACCUGGGCUACGCGGCCUCAAGACAUUCUACGAUUCCAAGACAGCCGACGAUCCUGACUUCGAGAUC